UAGAUUCCAGACCCCACGGUUUAUGUAACGUUAUUUACGCAGCAAGGUACACACGAAUGAUUCAGUAAGCCCGGCUUGACGUGGCGUAGUUGCUUGGUUACGCAGGUGACGCUCGUGAUACUUUUUACAAGUCUGAAAUGGCACCCCUAAGGUUAAAACGGUCCAAAGUGUGGCUUCAUUUCACAUUACAUAAGGAUGGCAACAGGGCGUUUUGCAACCACUGCAAAUUGUUGAUAACAUCGGCGGGAGGGAAUACUUCAAAUAUGCAUAAACAUCUGCGCACACAACACGGGAUAAACUUUAACGAGUGUCGCGUUUUUGAUGCCCUUCGGAGUGACAGCAGCCAAGCUUCUACGACCACCGUGACCUUGGGGGCUAACACCGAAGGCAACUCUGGUGAGCUGCCCAAGCACAUGCUCCUCCUGGAUGUAAGGACCAGAUGGAAUUCCCUCUAUUUGAUGAUGGAGAGAUUCACCGAGCAGUUCCCUGCUAUCCAGGCUGCAGCCAUAGAUCCACGCAUAAGAAGGCCCAUGGAGAAGGAAAGGUUGGACAGAAUAGGCAACGAGGACUUAAGGAAAGCAGAGGAGUUUGUGCAUCUCAUGCGGAAGCAUUACACCUCCACACUGGCCGUCUCCAGCGACAAAAGUGCAACCUGCGGUGAGAUUUUGCCCAUCUUGCAGAAGCUGGAGCAACAGUACACUGUGCAGGAAGGUGACUCUGCGUUCACAAGGAGCAUCAAGGAGAACAUUUGGAAGGAUCUCUCCAAACGCUACCAGGGAACUGACAUUCAGAGAUUCCUGGAGGAAGCCACCAUCUUGGACCCCAGAUUUAAAUACAAAGUGAAAAGUGAUGCAGUCUGGGACAGGAUCAGGGAAGCUGCAAUAACAGCAAAUACAGUGGCAGCAAGAGAUGAGCUCCCAGGGGAAGGAGAGACACAGAGGGAAGGCUGCGAAGAUGGGGAGGAGGAAGAAGUAGAGGAACACUAUGCACUGCCACCACCAUCAAAAAAGACAGCCUUGGAAGAACUAUUCGAGGAGGAGGACAACGAGCUGCAGUCAAUCCGUGAAUCACAGCCCCGUCUUUCCCUGGCUCAGAAGGUGGAUCAGGAAAUCCAGUUCUACAAAAGCCUGCCCUCCAUCCCCUGCAGGGAUAGCGCCGCACUGUGGUGGUGGAACAAGCAGGAUACGCUGCCCUUGCUAUCUGGACUGGCUGAAAACUACCUCUGUGUGCAGGCUUCCUCCGCCCCAUCUGAGAGGGUGUUCUCCACGGCUGGAGACACCAUAAGCCCCGAAAGAUCCCGUAUCCUUCCAGAAAAAGCAGAUAUGCUCAUAUUUCUGCAAAAGAACUGUUAAUUUUCCCUACUACUACUUGAGUGCACACACACACACACUCACACUCACACUCACACUCACACUCACACUCACACUCACACACACACACACACACACACACACACACACACACACACACACACACACACACACACACACACACAGUGCUUGUGAUUACAUUGUUCUUGUAAUUACAUGAUUCAGUAUUUGUUAUUUGUUGUUAUUUGUUACAUUUUCUUGUACAGAAAAGCAGAUAUGUUCAUCUGCAAAAGAACUGUUAAUUUUUUUUACACACACACACACACACACACACACACACACACACACACACACACACACACUACUUGAGUGCGCACACACACACACACACACACACACACACACACACACACACACACACACACACACACACACACACACACACACUUGUUAUUAGAGAUUAAUAAGUAACUGUCACAAUAGAAUAUUUUUCAUUAAAACAAAGAUAAAUGUUACAUCAAACUGUUUAUUCUCCUUUUUCCCCCAAAUUGGAAUCGAUAAGAGAAUCGAUAAGGAAUUGAAUCGUUUCACAGAAUCGAUAAGGGAAUCGGAAUCGUAAAAAUCUUAUCAA